AUGUGUGGUAUAUUAGGUAUAGUGUUGGCUGAUCAGAAUCGUCCUGUGGCCCCAGAGUUGUGCGAUGGGUGUAUCUUCUUACAGCAUAGAGGCCAAGAUGCCGCCGGUAUUGCGACGUGUGGUGAACGUGGUAGGAUCUACCAAUGUAAGGGUAACGGUAUGGCUAGAGACGUCUUUACACAGAACAGGGUGGCAGGGCUCUCUGGUGCGAUGGGGAUCGGUCAUUUAAGGUACCCUACUGCAGGGUCAUCUGCCAACUCCGAGGCCCAGCCAUUCUAUGUUAACAGUCCGUACGGGAUUAAUUUGGCACACAAUGGUAAUCUUGUGAACACAGUCUCCUUGAACAGAUACAUGGAUGAGGACGUCCAUAGGCAUAUAAAUACUGACAGCGAUUCUGAACUUCUCUUGAACAUAUUUGCAGCCGAACUGGAAAAACAUAACAAGUACAGGGUUAACAACGAAGAUGUCUUCCAUGCUUUGGAAGGUGUCUAUCGACUGUGUCGCGGUGGGUAUGCCUGUGUUGGUAUGCUGGCAGGGUUUGCCAUGUUUGGGUUUAGGGACCCUAAUGGGAUCAGACCGCUCCUUUUCGGUGAGAGGGAAAACGCAGAUGGGACGAAAGAUUACAUGCUAGCUUCUGAGAGUGUUGUACUCAAAGCCCACAAUUUUAGUAAAUUCCGUGAUUUGCUUCCUGGUGAGGCAGUAAUCAUUCCAAAGGAUCCAAAGGCAGGGCCACCUGAAUUCAAACAGGUUGUUCCUAUCAACUCUUACAGACCUGAUCUCUUUGAAUACGUCUACUUUGCCAGGCCGGAUAGUGUCCUGGAUGGGAUUUCCGUUUAUCAUACAAGAUUGGCCAUGGGUGUCAAACUGGCUGAAAACAUCAAAAGACGUCUGGCUGCGGAUGAGGUCGAUGUCGUGAUGGCUGUCCCUGACACAGCGAGAACAUGUGCCUUGCAGUGUGCGAACACUCUAGGGAAGCCAUAUCGUGAGGGUUUUGUUAAGAACAGAUAUGUCGGUAGAACCUUUAUCAUGCCAAAUCAAAAAGAGCGUGUCUCCUCUGUGCGGAGAAAACUGAACGCUAUGGAUUCCGAAUUCAGAGGGAAGAAUGUGUUGAUUGUUGAUGAUUCGAUUGUGAGAGGUACUACUUCGAUCGAAAUUGUUAACAUGGCCAGAGAAUGCGGUGCCAAGAAGGUUUUCUUUGCAUCCGCCGCUCCCGCAAUCAGAUACAAUCACAUUUAUGGUAUCGAUUUGACCGACAACAAGAACCUGAUUGCAUACAACAAGAGUGAAAGUGAGGUCGCCACAGCUUUAGGGUGUGAUGAAGUGAUCUACCAAACGUUAGAGGACUUGGUUGACUGUUGCACGACCGAAAAGAUUCAAAAUUUCGAAGUCGGUGUAUUCACAGGAAACUACGUUACAGGUGUUGAGGACGGGUACUUAAACGAGCUGGAGCGGGUUCGUGCCCUGAAUGCGAAAGCACCCGGCGGCAUCAAGGCAGCCGUCGACGUUGGACUGUAUAAUUCCGCAGAUUACUGA